AUGAACAAAAAACUAAGAAUCAGUAUUGGUUCAUCCCGAGAUACACUUCAGAUAGCUCAUGUCAACGAUUCAACUAAACCGACAAUCAUCGAUUCAGAUAUAUUUGUUGGUAGAGUAUUAGUGAAGAUUAAAGAUUUUGAUGGGAUCACUCCAGAUGGUUCAAACCCAAUUCAUGAUCAUGUUUAUUUUGAUGGAAGAUCUCGUAAAUUUGAUAUUCAAAUCGAAGGUAGAUUUAAACGUCGUGAAGGAGUUCCGCUCUAUAGUGGUGAAGAAGUUCAUUUUGGAAGUGACUUUGAUCACUUGGUUGAAUUUCCAAAGAGUGCCUUUAACGCUGGAAUGAGAGUAGCACGUUGGAUCGAUCCCAAUACGUUCUACGAUCUUAGUCCAAGUAGUGGUCGACCAUUUAUCAUGAGUCCUUAUCUAGCUUGUAUGAACACACUUUGUGCUUGGCCUUCACCUUCUAGAAUGAGUGAUGCACUCGUUUGCUUACGUCAAUCCAAUCGUGGUGAUGAAGAUCAAGAUCUGGAUGAUGGGGAUGAUAUGGUACCAAUGGAACAAGUCGAUCGAGCUGAUAUAGGUAAAGCAGCUGGAAGUAAAAAGAUUGGUCGUCAUACUAAACGUUAUUGGAGAUUUAUUGGACUUAAAGGAGAUGGUGAUAGGAUUGAUGCAUUUUUAGAGAAGAAUAAAGAACUUUUAGCAGAACGUCCGGUUCAAGAACCUCUUUCAGUUUCACAACAUUCUCGAAAACUUAGCGAACAUGAAGAAUACAACGAGGAUGAUGAUGAUGAUGCACUCUCGUGUCGUGCACCAUCAUCACAUGCGACUUAUUCAACUGCUUUGGAAGGACGACCUCCAAUGAGUUCAGCUUCCUCUUAUCGAUUCUCGCCUAGGAUCUUCCCACGUCAUCAAAUUAGUUUCGGAGCUGGUAUGCGAGAUUUAUAUCAAGAUGCAGAAACUGAAGCUACAGAAAGAGAAGGUGAAGCACGAGCACAGCAAGUGAUGGAUACUUUAGGUGAAGAAGAUGUGGUGAUGUGUCCUCCUAUGCCACCUAGAUUAGAGAGUCACCAAUUACACGAUAGUGAGGAGAAAAAGUUGCACAAAGUUAAGAGUCGAUUGAAGAAACUCAAGACUGCGUUUCAAAAACUUACUCCUGCCGGAUUAUCUUCCUCGACGUCAUCUUCUAGUUUAGGGGGAUCAUCUUCCAGUAGCCCUCCUACUAAUUGUCAUAAUAAGUUUACAACUGUAUUACAUCAUUCAAAAUCAACUAGCAAAAGCAAAUCUAACACAGUCACCGUCACUCGAGCUGCAUCCCGCACAUUGCCAUUCACAAGAAGACGGCGUGAUCCUUCCUCAUCCACUAACACCAAUGAACCUUCACCUAGUCCCCCUCAAAAGGUAACUGCCGAUCGAAGUUCAACUGUACUUGCUCGGCCACUUCAAUCUCAACCCGAAACUGAACCGAUCGAGACCUCGAACAAUAAUCGCAUUAGAAGUACCUCUUUUGAUAAUGGAAGGAAUACACAACUCGAAAGUGUCAAAAUCCGAGAACGACCUCAAACCUUAUUCAUCUCUCCUACGAUCAUCACUGAUCCAGAUGUGUUGGAGAAAAGUGAACAAGUGAUCGAAGGAGAACCAAGAGUUUCAUCGCCUUCGACUUUUCAUCAUUCUGAUGAUACUUCAUCUACUUCUACAUCUUUUAGUGAACAUCCUUCGCCAGCUCGACAGGUACAACCACAGGAAGAACGAAGCAGUUCAUAUUCGUCAAACUCUACUGUCCUUAAAUCAGUCUCAUCAGCAGAAGAAGGAGUAGAAACAGACGCGAAUCGAACACCUGAACUGAAAUCAAUCAGUAUGAGACCCACUGGAUCAUAUGAACAACACCUAACUGUACCUAAGCCGAUGGAAAAAGUCGGAUCUUCAAGUAGUGAAAGUGAAUCAGUUUUAUCUGAAACUAGCUCGCAAAACACAAAUAGAGGAGUAGGAGAAGCUACUGAAAGAGAAGGACCCACUCAAAAACAAAUUGAUGCGGCACCUGCUCUAAAGGAUGUAGAGAAAGGUGAUUUAAUGUUUGGUGAUAUGCUGAAUUUUGUAUUAGAUGAUGAUCCAUUUCAAGAUCAGGUUCAUAGUCAAUUAGGACCUUGGAGAUUUAGAAAUCCUACGACUGAUAUUUUAGAGGAUAAUACAUUUGUAUUCUUGAAUAAAAGUGUAGAUGUUCAAAAACGACGCAAGUAUUUUUCUGAAUCAUAUGGAAAACAUCGUAAAGAGUUUAUCUACGAUCCUGAUGUGGUUUAUGCAACUUCAUUCUUUUCACCUUUUAUGAAUUUUAAUACAUUUGAUUUAGCAAUCGGGCCAGUUAAGAUGAAUGUAGCUAAAAUCUUUGGUGAUAUGCCGAUUAGAUAUACUUUAAGAUCUACUAGGAUUUCUGAAGGUGGGAAUGAAGAAGAAAUCUUUGUGACGAUUGCAUUUGAAUUGGUUGAUGUAGAAGAGUAA